AAAAGCAGUGGCCGUCUCUGUAACGUCAAAUUCGUAUUAUCCUGUUCAGAAACCAUGAAUAUGAUCUGUAAACUGUAUAAACACAGUAAUCUCUUUCUUUAUAGCUCUCAAAACAAUAACACAUAUUGAAGAUAACAUUUUUUUAAAGUGCAAACGUAUUUAUAUAUAUAAAUUAUAAAUCAUAAAGUAACGUACAAAGAACAAAAACAAAAAGCAAAGGAGAGUGAUGGAGCAGCAGUGAUUUGAGAGACUAAAGAGAGCUUUGUUCUUUAAAAAGAAGAGAAAGAAAGAAAGAAAGAAAGAAAGAAGAUUUUUUUUUUUUUGGGUCAUUGGUUCUGUAAGUAAAACAUCAAGAAUGCAGAGGCUACUUGUGUAAAUUAAUUUGAUAUUAUUCAUAGUCUCUCCUAUAUCAACUGUUUCAGAUUAUUAGUUCCUUUUCUUUCUUUCUUUUUUUUGAUAAUAUAUUAUUUUUAUUUCUGUGUGUGCAAAAGAGAAAAGAAGAGAAAUGGUUUCUGAAAACAUACUCUCUUCUUCUAAACGCUCUCCUAAGUUCUCCAAUGCUUUCACUACUCGUAUCUUUUCUGAUGUCGCUGGGGACAUUACAAUUGUUGUUGAUGGGGAGUCAUUUCUGCUACAUAAGUUUCCCCUUGUUUCGCGAAGUGGAAAGAUUCGGAAAAUGGUCGCAGAUGCCAAAGACUCGAACAUUUCAAAAUUGGAGCUUCACAACUUACCUGGUGGACCACAUACAUUUGAACUUGCUAUGAAAUUUUGCUACGGCAUGAACUUUGAGAUCACUACUGCAAAUGUCGCCCAUCUGCGCUGCGCUGCAGAAUACUUGGAAAUGACAGAAGAUUACAGAGAAGAAAAUCUCAUUGAACGUACAGAGAUUUAUCUGAAUGACGUUGUUGUUCAAAGUCUUGAAAAAUCAGUGGAAGUACUGUCUACUUGUGAGAUGCUACCUCCAACAGCAGAGGAGGUAGGAAUUCCAAAUAGAUGUAUUGAAGCCAUUGCGAUCAAUGCUUGCAAGGAGCAGUUAGUAUCAGGUUUGUCCCGCCUAGAUUGUGAUAAUGAAUCUGCAGAACUCAAGAGUGGUUGUAUUGAGUGGUGGGUUGAAGAUCUUUCAAUACUAAAAAUUGAUUAUUAUCAAAGAGUUAUCUGUGCAAUGGGAAGAUUAGGCGUUCGACCGGAUAGUAUUGUUGCCUCCUUGAUGCAUUAUGCGCAGACAUCAUUGAAGGGAAUUGGUAAGUUCCAAAUUUGGAACCCAGCGAAGAUGAAACCAAGUCCUAGCAUGGGGGAAAAUGACCAGAGCCUUAUUUUGGAAAUUCUUGUUAGUCUUAUGCCAUCAGAAAAGAGCUCUUCCAUUCCACUGAGCUUUCUUUUUGGGAUGUUAAGGAUGGGAAUCAUGUUAGACGCAACCAUUGCAUGUAGACUUGAGCUUGAAAGAAGAAUUGCUUUUCGUUUGGAAAUGGUUUCGCUUGAUGAUCUUCUUAUUCCAUCUAUUCGAAGUGGGGACUCAUUAUUUGAUGUUGAUACUGUCCAUCGGAUACUUGUCAAUUUCCUGCAGCGGGUUGAAGAGGAAGAAAAUGAAGAUUGUGGAUAUGAAUCUGAAGGCCUUGGAUCUCCUGGCCAUGGUUCUUUGCUGAAAGUAGGAAGGCUUAUUGAUGCAUAUUUGGCAGAAAUUGCACCUGAUCCGUAUUUGAGUUUGCUGAAGUUCAUUGCUAUGAUUGAGAUACUGCCUGAUUAUGCUCGAGUGAUCGAUGAUGGGCUUUAUAGAGCAAUUGACAUAUACUUGAAGGCUCACCCAAUGCUUUCCGAGCACGAUUGCAAGAAGUUGUGUAAGUUCAUUGACUGCCAAAAGCUAUCUCAAGAUGCAUGCAACCACGCCGCACAGAAUGAUCGCCUUCCAGUGCAAAUGACAGUUCGAGUGCUCUAUUUUGAGCAAAUCCGUUUGAAGAAUGCCUUAUCUGGAAGCUCCGGAGAUGGGUUUCUGUCACAAAGAAUAAGCAGUGGCGUACCAAGUGCAGCCAUAUCUCCUCGAGAUAACUAUGCUUCUUUACGGAGGGAAAAUCGAGAACUCAAGCUUGAGAUAUCAAGAAUGAGAGUGAGGUUAAGCGAGCUGGAGAAAGAGCAGAUGUACAUGAAACAAGGGAUGAUAGAUAAAUCAGGAAAUGGAAAAACUUUCUUUACCUCAAUAUCUAAAGGGAUUGGAAGGAUAGGAAUUUUCAGCAGUCCAGCAGGAGGCAGGCGGCAAAAAUCUGGUCGCAAAUCUCGCGGUACGGAAGGCAAAAAUGGUAGGAGUAGGAGGCACUCUGUGUCCUAACUUAGUUUCUUAAUUACAGUUAGUAUUCCAAGUAAUCAUAGUGUAUGAAUCUGCAUUUCUGAAGAAAUAUAAGGUUUUAUUUGCUUAGCUUAAUAUAAAGCACAGGGCUGAUCGUUUUAGUUAUCAGGGAAUCAAUCACGGCAUCUCAGGUAGAAAAUUGACGGAAAUGGAAGUCCAACAACAAGAUUCAAAGAGUCGGGAGCUCCAGAUCCUGAAUUCUUAAGUGAUGUUAAAAAGAGAAGAUCAGGCUGCCCUGAUACCAAAAUACUUUCCAUGUACCAAUUUUUGCAAGAACAGAACUGUAAGAUGAAAAGCAGGAGAAUGAUACUGACCGUAGGUAGACUGAGAAGUUCUCAAAUGUAGAAAGCAGUUUGUCAAAAUUUUCUUUUCCCCCAUGAAUCUAUUCAGGCGAUGAGCUAAUUUUUAAAGUUAAACCUUGGAUACACCAUUUCUUAAGAUUCUCA